UCUUUAUUUAGGAAAAUGUUGCACCUGUGUAGUGAUGUUGAUGUUGGGAUGUAUAGAGAGGAACUGACUGAAUUACUCAAAUUGGCAUGGCCAAUGAGUUUGCAAUAUUUAAUGAACAUACUUCCAAGACUUGUCAGUCAGGGUUUCUGUGGGCACAUGGGAAAAGAAGAAGGAGAUGGCGUUGCACUAUCCAUUAAUAUCGUGUCUGCUCUUGGCUAUGCUGUGCUUUUAGGACUGUCUUCGGGGGCUGAUACUUUAUUCUCACAGAUUCAAGGGAGUGGAAACAAGGAGGAAUUGGGUGUUGUCCUACAAAAAGGUACAUUGAUCAUGCUUCUAUGCUGUUUUCCAUGUUGUGCAAUACUUUUGAAUACUGAUUUAAUUUGUCGAUUAGUUGGACAAGAUGAAGAAGUUUCAAGGGUUGCAGGAGAAUAUGUGACUAUGAUGAUGUCGGGUUUACCAGGACAUGGUCUGACACUACUCCUGUCCAAAUUUAUCCAAGUACAGUCAGUGUUCCUUCCAAGUCUUAUUAUAGGAAUAAUUAUAAAUAUAGAAAACGUAGCUCUGCAUGCACUAUUUAUCUACGCUUUGGAGCUCGGAAUCAGAGGAGCCGCUAUUGCUGUUGUCUUAAGCCAGUGGACUUCGGCCAUUCUACAUGUUUUGUUUAUUGCUUGCACGGACUACAAGAAAGACACUUGGAAAGGCUGGAACAAAUUGUGUUUAAACGGAUGGAGUACUUUUCUCAACCUAGCCGUUCCAGGAAUAUUCAUGAUGUGUCUGGAAUUUUGGACCGGCGAAGUGACCACUUUCUUCACUGGACUAACAAGUAAAACGGAAUUGGCUGCAUUUGUUAGCUUGUUAAAUGUUGGAUUGAUAAUUACAGGUGUCGUCUUUGGCAUAUCUGUAGCAGUGAGCAUGCGCGUGGGUAUUCAUUUGGGAGCUGGAAAUGCAGAUCGAGCUAAUUUAUCCACUAGGGUUGCAUUCUGUUUUGGAUCUUGUCUUGCUGCCGUUAUUGCUGUUCUUAUAAUUUCUCUUAAAGAUGUCAUACCUCAUUUUUUCUCAAAUAAUGAGACGGUUGUAUUCAUGGCGACCUCCUUCACACCUCUGUUGGCAAUAUUCAAAUUUUUCGAAAUUUAUCAGAUAAUGUGCACAGGAAUACUGCGUGGAAUUGGUUUCCAGACUUUUGGGGCUGUCGUGAAUUUUAUAGGCAAUUUUCUCAUAGGGUUGCCAGUUGCCUUAUCCUUGAUGUUAGCAUCUCCUUUACGUGUAGCAGGUGCUUGGUGGGGUUUAAUCGCUGGUGCUGUAGUACUCUGUGUUGCUUUUACUAUCCGAGUCAUCUCUGUUGAUUGGAAACAAGAGUCUAUAAAGGCUAGAAAAAGAGCUGGUAUGAAAAUAGAAGACAUGACAUGCAUAGUCAAUGACGAAGCAGAAAAUAUGCAAUUGGGUACCCAAACUCGGGAGAUUAAAGAUUACAAAUCAUUUGAUAUCUCUGCCGACAGCGGAAACGUCUCUUCAAACUCAGCAAUUAGCUCAGCAACACACAACCUAGGGGUCUAUAGUAAAGUGGUCACACUAGUUAUUGUUAGCUUGAUAUUUGCAGGUGGUUUAUCUCUUCGAUUGUAUGUAAAUGUUUGAAGUGUAAUAAAUUAAUAAAGUAUGGAAACAAUUUCUUGAUAGUACGAGUUUAUUUAUUUAUUUUUAAUUAAAGUUAUUAGAGCUGAUGUUGAUGGUCUUAUUGUAAAUCCCUAGGGGUAUGAAUCACUCUAUCAUGGUGAUAACACGUGAUUCAUCAACUGCACCACUAACACUUUUUUUAAUAGAGGCUGAUUUGAGGAUAUUUUGCGUAAAAACUACAAUGGGAAAAAACUUUAUUUUCUUUGAAGAAAAUUUACAAUCUAGUCAUUUUUAGAGGCCAUUUUAAAAUGAAGGUACGUUUCCUAUAGGAAUAUAAAAGAAAUUGUCAUUUUCCCAAUCUAAUUUAAAACAGAACUUUCAUCCGCUCUCCGGUUGUCUAUAUGUCGCGACAUUUGGAAAACCGGUGAGCGGAUGGAAGUUUUAAUUUUAUUAGAUUGUCAUUUUCCGCACUUCAAAGCAGAUUAAAACAAUACGACAUUUGCCAUUUUCCUCGAAUUGAGAUUUGUAAUAUCAAUUUGUUUGAUGCAAAAGAUACUAAAUUUUACCAUCUAGUUUAAAAUAGGGUGAUAUAAAAAUAGGAGACAAAUGUAAAAAAAAAAAAAAAAAAAAAAAGAUGUGUUUUAAAUCAAUACACUAUAGGUUACUGUUUAUCUUUCUUACCUUUAAAUGAGAAUUCAAAAUGAAUGGAAUGAAUGCAUUCGCGUUUAGCUCACCUGAACCGACCUUUUCUAAUCACCUGUCUAAUUAUCUGUCUUUAAAGGUAAAUAGAUAAACAAUUUUUAGGGUCUUUUUGAGAACUGCAAUGCUGAGUGUGAUAUGACUAUAUAAUCAUCCAGUUAGAAAAGGAACUUGAUUAUAAAUAUAAGAAAAUCCAUUUUUUAUUGACAGGAUCUACAUGUAUUACACCACAUUGUCCAGAUAUUUGUUAUGACUCCAUGAAGCUGAUUGUAUCAUGCCUAUUGUUGCUCAGGUGAGCGAUGCGGCUCAUGGGCCUUUUGUUGUAGUUAUUAAUGUCUCUUCGUGCUACAUUUACUUAACGGCACUCAUUUGAUUUGCAUAUUUAGAAAACGUCGAUUUGACUCAAUAUUAUGUAAACAUUUGAUAUCUGAUACUGUAUAGUUGUUUAAAAUAUUCAGUAUUAAUACUUCUAUAGUCAGACCAAUGCAUCUAUAUCUGCAAGACAGUUUGCCUGCAAUAUAAAGUACACUGUUAUGUUUACAAGAAAUCAUUUUAAAAUAAAAUGUUGGAAAAUCCGAAAUCAGUCAGAAAAUGUAAAUAUUUAAGUUGGAUUUUUCAACAGAUUGAAGUUAAAAUUCAAAGACUAAAAUUGGAAAUUCUAAUUUUAAAGUUGGCUUUUAAGGAUUAAAACUAUGUCAACAAUAGUGAUAGUGGUGAGGAUGUCCUUCUG